UAUUAAGCGCUUUGGUAAUUAUUGCGUCUCAAGCUAAAUUAAUCGUGGAAGAAAAGGGGAAACUAAAUAUGAAUAAAUCACACGAGAUCAAGAGAGAAAAUAUAUCUAGGCAAGAGAAAAUUCUUCGUGAUUUUUUUAAUUCUUAUAACGGCAAAAUUCGGAGGCCGCGAGAAUUCGACAAGAAGUUAAAGGAGCGUGAUAAUAUUACCGAAUCGAAAUCGACAAUUGAUCCAAAAGUAGUGCUUGUAAAGAAGCCCAUACCUAAGUUUACUGAUACUGAGAGUAGUGAAGAGGAUUAUCAAAUAAAAAUGAAAUAUCCCGUUAAAUAUUCAGAUUCCAUGGAACACGAAGAUGACGAUUUUAACCUUGAUGAUUACGACUUUGAUAUUCAUCAUGAUGACUUUGCUGGGAGAGGCAAGCCUUUAGAACCGAGAACGAAAAUAAAGUUGAUUGAGAGACGUUCACAACUAGAAGAAGGCGACGCAAGACCUAAGUCCCAAUUAAAUCAGAAUAAACUAAUUAUGCCACGAAAAGUUAGCCAGGUCUCCAACAAAGUUGCUCGAAAAGCCGUUCACUUGAUAAAAAUUGAUGAUUAUGAUGAUGUUUCAACUAGUACUGAAGCACCUCGAAAGAAGAGUAGAACCAGUGAUGAUGACAUGAGUAGCGAGAACGAAGACACUAAGGAAUACGAAAGUCAGGGCUCAGUGCGCACAGUGAGAUCACUUUUGUCUUACAGUAACUAUAUCGAUAAGCUUAAUGAAAAAUCAACCGCCUUGGUGUCGAAAAUAUUAGGCUAUCUCCCGAUAUUCCCCCAAGUACCUCCAAAAAACUAGACAUGGUACCAAUUACUGAACAAAUAAAUAGUUGAUUAUUUGCUACAUAUGUCUAUAUUAUAUUUUAUAAGGUAGUGUCUUAAAAAAUUUUACAAGUUUUUUGUCCAUUUUA